AUGGCCUUCUCCUCGUUCCCAUGGCCGUUCUGCUGCCGAGCCGGCAGCAGCGGCAGCGGCGGAACCGGCCCAAGAAAACCCUCCGCCGCGGAGGGGAAGGAGGAGGACACGGAGGAGCUCGGCGUCACGCCGCAGCUCCUUGACUUCCUCCGGACACUCUCCCCCGAUGCCUUCAAGGCGGUGCUAUGCUUUGUUGCAGGAGGAUCCGCGGAGUCGGCGGCCGAGCUCUCGGACUGGCAGCAGCGGCACAUCGUCCUCGUGCUCGCCAGAGCCAAAGUAGAACUCGCUAAGGUCCGCUAUGAUCUGUGCCCACGCCACAUGAAGGACAAGCAGUUCUGGACAUACAUCUUGUCGUAA